AUGGCAACGAAUGUGUUCAUCAACAACCAGCAGCCUCAACCUCAGCCUCCGACUCUGAUCGCUGUCCACUCCAACCAGUGGAGCACUGGCAUCUGUGACUGCUUCGAUGAUUUAAAUGUCUGUUGCUUUGCUUACUGGUGCUUUCCUUGCUUUGCCUGCAAAACCACCUCUGAGUUUGGGGAGUGUUUCUGUCUCCCCCUGCUGGAUAUGCUAUGGACCAGCACACAGAUGGCGUGCAUCCCAACAUGCAUUCCACCUAUUUCUAUGUCCUUGAGGGUUGCUGUGCGUAACCGCUAUGGAAUACAGGGUGACAUGACAGCUGACUGCGUAUAUGCCACUUUCUGCAACGUGUGCUCCUGGUGCCAGGUGGCCAGAGAGAUCAAGAGACGCAAGCAGACGCACACCAUCAUCAACGCCCAGCCAGGGCUCAUGGGUGCCCAGCAAUAUAUGAUGACCACCCAGCCGGGGGUCAUCACUUCUCAGCCUAUGAUCUCAGCUGCUCCUCAGGCUGUUCUAACUUCCAUGUAA